CUAUUGCUUAUUGCAAAUAUUGACAGCAAUACACAGCAACAAAAUGCCACACGCCGUUUCGCCGUCGCCAGAGACUGAAUCUCCGACAGAUGAGAACGAUACGUACAUGACCGACGCGCCUGCAGUACCGCAGGAUGCCGCACAACCAAGCAGCGAUGCAGUAGAGGGAAACGACUUGGCCAGGAGGGGAGCGACGACAAACCUAGACAAUCUAUUCGAUGACGCGGCCGGAGACGUUACAGGCGUCAUCAAAGCCCAACUACUCUUCGCCCGACAUCCUGCGACAGUUCUACCAACGACUCUUCCCUUUCCGUCCACUAUUCCAGUGGCUGAACCAUGGCCCAACGCCGCAACCGGACUUUCAAAACCGGGAGUUCGCCUUCGUGCUGCCAGGUGGCGCAUAUAUCCGCUACCAGUCUUUCCUGUCUGCGGAUCUGUUCAAGAAACAGUGUGUGCAGAUGACGCCCGAGCGCUUUGAGAUCGGGCCCCAGUACAGUAUCAAUCCUAGAGAUCGCAAGCAGCUACGCAAAGCAAGCUCUUUCCGGCCAGUCAUGAAGGAGCUGGUCUUUGAUAUCGACAUGACUGAUUACGACUCCAUACGAACCUGCUGCUCCAAGGCAGCGAUUUGCAACAAGUGCUGGCAUUUCAUCAUUAUGGCGAUCAAAGUGGUUGACACUGCGCUCCGGGAAGACUUUGGCUUUCAACACAUCCUGUGGGUCUAUUCCGGACGAAGAGGUGCUCACGCCUGGAUCAGCGACAAGCGCGCACGAGAGAUGGACGAUGCCAAGCGGAAAGCGUUGGCUGGGUACCUUGUCUUAGCCAUGAGCGGCGAGCAGGGCAAGAAGAUAUCGAUCAAGCGACCUUUGCAUCCGCAUGUUGACCGCAGUUUGAAGGUUCUUAAUCCGUACUUCCAAGAUGAGGUGCUAGCGGAGCAAGACCCAUGGCAGUCAGCCGAACAAGCUGAGAGAUUGAUCCGUCUUCUUCCAGAUAAGGACCUGACAGCGGCACUGCAAAAGAAGUGGGACAGCAUGCCAGGACGUUCGUCAAACCAAAAGUGGGCAGAUAUCGACGCCGUCGCUGAAGCAGGUCAUUUGUCUACCUUGAGCGCGAAGCAGCUGGUCGAUGUCAAGCAGGACAUCCGGCUGGAGUACACUUACCCGCGUCUUGAUGCGGAGGUGUCGAAGAAGUUAAAUCACUUGCUCAAGUCGCCGUUCGUCAUACAUCCGGGCACUGGCCGUGUUUGCGUUCCCAUCGACACGAGGCACCUCGAUUCAUUCGACCCGCUCGGCGUCCCUACUGUGACCGCGCUGCUGCAGGAGAUCGACGAGUGGGAAAGCAAGAGCGGUAAUAUGAGCGACGAAGAGAAAGCCAAAGUACAGGACUGGCAGAAGACGAGUCUGAAGCCGUACGUUGAGUACUUCCGAGGCUAUGUGGCUGGCUUGCUGAAGGAGGAAAGCAAAGGCAAGCGGAGUAGAGAAGAAGUCGCUAUUGAGGGGCUGAACGGCAUGGAGUUUUGAUAUAUCUGCUCGCAUACACUUGCGCUGAAUUCUGGGCGGUCAUAUGUCCAACUUCUCAUAAUCAGCCGAGAAUCAGAGCAAGUGUACCAAUGACGCAGGAAGUGGGAUACAGCAGGAAGCAGUGCGGGACAAACAAGAUGAGAGGGGAUCUUCUCCUUGCAUGCUCCCGACAACCUUGCUGGGCAAUGACACGUGGGCGUUCGCUGCAAG